GGGGGUCAGCAAGAAAAGAAUAAUAGAAAUUCCUGGAAAUCUAUUGUUCUUUUUUGAAAAAUGACCGUUAAUUUCGGACUUUAUAAGUGAACGACCCCCAAGCUUGUUGCCAAAUUUCUUUUAGAUUAACCGACUUGUGUCAUUUUGGUCAGUUUUAUCAAAUCACUAAAAUUGAAGAUUAAAUCUUCAGGAGCUCAUCUUCGGGGAAGAAAUAGGACUCAGCAAAGCAUCAAGGCACUACCGUUUCGUCAUGUUAACAUCAAAUUAAGUAGCGUUGUUGGAUUGAAAUGAAAUACCAGUUCGGGAAGCCUUGAUUGUUUCUGUGGAUGCAAAUUCGAAAUUAUUGCCUAAAACCAAUAAGUUUUCGAAUUCUGAUCUAGUUUUUGGAAUUCAUUACAUAUUCGAUAAUUAUUACUACAAGUACUUUAAAACAGCAUACAUAGUCUCUGCUUUAGAAAGUAAUAAAGAUCCUCAAACGAAUGACUUAAAAAAUGCAAUUAUAAGGAACAAAAGAAAUAAAGAUUUAGAUUAUGUAGUUACGAAUGAGAAUCAUUCACAUAUCAGAGCAUCUCUAAAUACCAAGAGGAACUGCAUGGUCUUUCUACUUGACAAAUUCGACUCAUUCGAAAGAGUUUAUAAGGUUCUUACACCAGGUCGAUUUUACUUACAUGGAUAUUAUCUUUUUGUCCUGACAAGAGGAAUUUUUGAAGAACACGAAAUGGGAAAUUUGACUUUGAGUGUCUGGAAAAAAGGAAUCAGUAAUUUUAAUAUAAUUUAUGCUAAAGAUGGUGUAGUGAAUUUUACAAUGAUUCGACCAUACAGUUCAAAAUCAUGCUCGGACACAACACUAAUAUCUGUCAAUUUAUUAAAAGAUAAAAAAUUUCUUAGCGAUACAAAAAUGAUUUUAUUUCCAAAAGAUAAAUUUGAUAAUCUCCAUCGUUGUCCAAUUCGUGUUGUAACAUUUCAAAGAUGCCCAUCAAUGUGCUACAAUAGAACAACUAGCAGAUUUUCUGGAUAUGACUAUGAAGUGAUUCAAGCAUUAGAGGAAAUAUUGAAUUUCCAGAUAAAUAUGACAUUUCUUUUGGGCAGUGAACAAUGGGGAACAAUUUUGCCAAACGGUACAACGACUGGAGGUCUUAAUGUUCUAAGAAAUGGCAGGGCUGAUGUUGCAAUUGGAAAUUACAUGUUGAGAUUGAGUAGAUUGCAAUAUUUUGAUUCUACUGUCUCUUAUUAUUCCAUACCCAUAGUUCUUGUGAUUCCACCACCUGAAAAAUACACACCCAUCGAGAAGCUUUUGCGUCCAUUCGGUAAAAACAUUUGGAUGUUAUUAGGACUUGUUUUCUCUAUUGGCUUGUUCACAAUAAUUUUCAUCAAUUGUAAAUUGAAGCAUUUGAAAAGUUUUGUUUACGGACGGAAUGUAAAAUCUCCCACAAUGAACUUUAUAUCAGUUAUAUUUGGAAUACAACAAACUGUCGUGCCUACUCGAAAUUUUGCUCGAUUUAUUUUGAUGAUGUUUUUGUUAUUUUGUUUAAUUAAUCGAAAUGCUUAUCAAGGUGCAUUGUAUAUCAUCCUUAGAUCUGAUGGAACUCGAAAGGAAGUUCAAAGUGUAUCCGAAAUGGUUGAAAAAGAUUUUAAAUUCUACAUGUUUUCAAGCUAUGUGGACGUUGUUGAUGAAACAACCAGAAUUUAUCAAAGAAGAAUUGUCAUUCAAUCAGAAAAGGAACUUCCAUUUUCACGAGAAGUUGAUGAAACUUUAAAAUCUGCUUUUAUGACUCCAUUAACUGAUGUAAUCAAUCGAAAUGAAAGGGCACGAGGAAAGUUUUCAUUGAGAGUCUGUAAAGAACAAGUAUCUAUAAUGAGCAUUGUAAUGUUAAUGAAGAAAGGCUUCCAUUUGAUGGAUACUUUCAAUGAAUUAUUGUUACGCUUUGAUUCUGUGGGAUUUUCUAGUCAUUGGUUUGAAACUUACGCACAACAGAGAUAUCUAAACAUCAAAGUAAGAGGAAUUGGACCUAGAAAGAUGAAUUUUGAUGAUUUAUUUGGAGUUUUUAAUGUUUUAUUAGCUGGAUAUGGCAUUGCAAUAUUGAUUUUUGUUUUUGAGCACAUAGUGACAAUGGUAAAGAAGGCAAAUAAUGCAAAGAAACAAGUUACAAUGCAAUCGAGCAAGAUUGGUAAUGCACCUAAGAAAAUCAAGUAGUCAAGUUUUGGAUUCUUAAGUAUCCUCGAUGGCACAGGUUCUCAAACUUUUCGACACACAAUUCAUCAACUCGAGCAAUACAAACUAAGCAAAGACAUCCAAAACCUAAUUUUUCUCAAUUCAAACUAGAUUUAGCGACACAACAUUACACUUUCUGGAUAGAUUUAGGUUACAAGCGCGUUGUAGCACAAAAUAAUUGACUAUGUAUUAAAUAAAAAUAAAUAAAUGAGGAUUCACUCAAUUCAAAGGAAACCAGAACUAUCUAGCAUUUAAUAAAAA